AUGACUUCCACAUCGACACGGCUGGCCCUCGCUACGAGGGCCUCGUCACAAACGACAAUCGGCGGCGGCGGCGGCGGCGGCGGCGACAGUGGUAGACGGCAGUGCUGGGAGUGUCAGCGCCGGCGGCUGGUCUGCGACUCGGCGCGCCCCGUCUGCUCCAAAUGCAAGAUCAGCGGCGUGGUGUGUCCCGGGUACGAGGACAAGAAACCGCUGACCUGGCUGGCUCCCAACAAGGUCAAGACGCGGACGUGGAAGCGCAAGGGUGGUGCUACAGCUGCUGGAGGCGACGCCGUCUCGAAGAGCCAAGCCGGCAGCCAAGAGAAAGACGACGUUUUAAGACUCGUCGCCAGUGGAAAGCAGCUGGUCCACAUCUUUCCUGGGCAAGAGUUGCGAUCGGAGACGUGCGAUAUCAUUGAGGCCACUCUCUACUGGAAUGAACAAGUCUACCCGUCCUUCACCUCGAACCAGCUGGCCCAGAGCCCCUGGGUCAUACCCGUGAUCUACGUCCACUACAUGAAGCCCUGCAUCCAGCACGCCCUGGUCGCCAUGGCCAUCGAGCACCGCUUGUUGCGCCUGUCGCAGCGGAAGAACGACCCGUUCGUGGCCGAGGUGCGGGCCAGGGCGUGCCAGCACCGCUCCACGGCGGUCCAGGCCCUGAACAGGGACAUCGCGCUCGAGCGGAUGUGCUCCUCGGACUUUACGUUGUCCAGCGUCAUCGUCUUUCUCUACGGUGAUCUCAUGGGAUCCGCGACGGCGUCCAACUGGCGCUUCCACAUCAAGGGAUUCACGGCCUUGAUCGCUCUGCGCGGCGGCUGGGAGGCCGUGUGUCAAAAGACGCCUCAUUUGAAAGUCCUGGUCCUCUUCUGUAAAAUCAUCGAAAACUUUGCCAACACAACCAGCCCAGCAGACGACCAGAUGUCACCCGUCUCCAACUUCGAGCUGAGGGAUCUCUGCGCAGACGUGUUCGGAACGGGCUACUACCCGUUUCUGCCGUGUCCCGCGGAGCUGUUCAUCGACAUCAUCCGGGUCAACCGCCUCCGCUUCCUCGCAACGCGCCAACCAGAUGAUGAUGAUGAUGAUGAUGAUGAUGAUGCCCAGGAGACCGCUGCGUCGAUCCGGCCCGAGGCGGAAGAGCUGCUCACCAAGAUCACCGACUUCUCGCCCGAAUCCUGGUCCGAGACCAAGGAGGACUCGAAGGAGGGCUACCUCACAAUGGCGCGGGUCUACCAGUCCGCCGUCGUGCUCUUCGCCAUCUCGUCCCUGCGGAGCGCCGGCGCCGUGGCCCCCUCCUCGGCCGGGUGGACGGCCGUCGCGAGGAUACACCGCAGCCGGCUGUUCUCGAUGCUCGAGACGACGGCCGCCUCGCCGCUGCUGAGGAGCUCCACGGCGUGGCCCAUCGUCGUGGCCGGCUUCGAGGCCAAGGGCGUCAGUCCGACGGCUCGGGCGUUCAUCCUCAAUCGGCUGGACGAGGAGAGCCGGGACCUGGGCGUGUAUCUGCCGCUGGCGGCGAGGAAAGUGCUCGAGCGGUUCUAUUCUUCUUCCGGGACUCGUUGGGAUGACUGUUUUGAUAGCCCUCAUGCACUGUUCACUUGA